AUGUCAACCACGUGUUCUGUGGCUUCUUUCAAGCAAAUAGCAAAUCAUGCCAAUUUGAGCAAUAAUACAAACGGGUUUUGUACGAAUUUAAACCAAACGGUUGCGGCUUCUCUAAGUGAUCGUACAAGAUUCGUUCAAGCUCCCACUUCAUUGACCCUACUUGGAAAACCGCUUCCAUUUGUUUUCUCCAACACUUUGCCUUUAGAAGAAUCAAUAAAGGAAAAAUUCAAGAACUUGCACAAUACCUCUGUUCUUUCGGAUACUUCGAGGAGUCGAGUUCAAGAUGCUUAUGACAGGGAAGUCCUGGAGUAUUGCUCCCAAGGAGACCUAAAGGUUCCUAGCGUACCCAUGGGAUUAACUAAUUUCGGCAACUAUUGCUAUCAAAACUCAACGCUGCAGGCUUUGCUUGCCUCGGGUCCUCUUUUGUAUUUCGUAUUGGAAAAGCACAAACCAACUGAGUGCUCUUUGUCAAAAAUAAGUGAAUUUUGCUCGCUUUGCGAAUUUGGUGCGUUCCACCAUUAUGAACAAGAAGAUGCUCAAGAAUAUUUGAGUGGUGUGGUCGCAAGUUUUGUGAACUGUUUUGAACAAUCUGCUGGGAAAAAAUCCAAAGGCAGGAAUAUUGUCGAAAAGAUGUUCUAUGGUUCAACGUUGCAGCUAGUUACCUGUUCGACCUGUAGAAACGUCAGUUGUGUAGAACAUCCUUAUGUUCAUGUACCUUUAAAUAUUGGAGAUUGCUAUUCAUUGCAGCAUAUCCUGGCUACCCAGAAAGGAAUAGAAAUAAUUGAUGAUUAUGAUUGCGCCACUUGUAAGAUUCCCUCCACAGCGGAACGUCGGGACUUAAUCUUUAAAGCACCUCCAAUUUUAACUUUCCAUCUCAUAAGAUUUUUCGGCGUUAGUAAGAUACACACGUACAUCCGCUUUCCCUUGUCUUUGGAUUUACGUCCUUACAUGGCCUCGGUGUCUGGCCCAUCUUUAAAUUAUCAACUCUACGCGAUGAUUAUUCAUGAAGGCCCUGGAAUAACUAACGGACAUUAUGUGGCUUGCACUAACCACGGAGGCAAAUGGUAUCGAAUCAGUGAUUCAGUCAUUACUGAAGUUAAUGUUCAAGAGGUCCUCUCUAUGAAACCAUACAUACUCUUAUAUAAAUUGGUUAAUCCCGAAGAUUUGCUCUCCACCCAAGAGGACUUAGAUAAGGUUAGAAGGGAAGCAAUACAAUCUGCAGCCGCAGGGCGUGCUUCUUCCCCGGCCCCCCAAAUUUCUAACAACUCCAUUAAUCAGAAAUUCAUAUUUCCUUGGCGCAGUCCUCAUGGUCCACUGCUAAAUUCCAGUAAUUCAACUGCUCUACUCCCUCGUGCUACUCCUCGGACUUCAAUGCCCACAUUUGCUUCGAACGUGAGUUCCUCUCUUGAAAUCUUCCUCUCCACGGAUUCCUCUGGGAUCAUCAUCAUUAAAGAGGUCUCAUUCUGUUUCUUCGUCUUCCGCGGUUCUUCAUAA